UAAUUGAGCUGUUAUUUUCAUCUCAUCUUGCAACCUUCAUUCUCACUCUCUUUUGACACCACCCGCCUUUUUCUCUCUCCUCUUCGUCACUCUCUCUCCUCCCUCUGAACCAUAUUUCGAGCUCACACUCUCAAAUUAAUUUCACCUGCAAAAGAAAAAUAAACCCCCGAAUUUCAUCUUCAUCAAUCAACAAUAAUUACAGUAUCGCUGAAAUUUCAGGGGGAAUUUUAUCGCGCGAAACCCUAAUAAAUCGAUUCUUUAAUUUUGACGGUUUCAGCUUCCGAUUUCAAUCAUGGAUGCAGAUUCUUGGACUUCUCGUUUGUCUUCUGUGUCUCAGCGUUAUCAAUCUGCGUUUCAAAGUCGAUCAGAUGUUUUUAUGGGGUUUGAGGAGAUUGAGGGGGAUGAUGAUAUAAGGGAGGAGUUUCCAUGUCCGUUAUGUGGAGAGUAUUUUGAUAUCGUUGGAUUGUGCUGCCACAUUGACGAUGAGCACCCUGUUGAAGCUAAAAAUGGGGUAUGCCCUGUUUGUGCUGUGAGGGUAGGGGUUGAUAUGGUAGCACACAUCACAUUGCAACAUGGGAACAUUUUUAAGAUGCAGCGCAAGAGAAAAUCACGCAAAAAUGGAUCCCAUUCAACACUUUCAUUGCUGAGAAAAGAACUGCAGGAAGGAAACUUACAGACCCUAUUUGGAGGCUCUUCCUGUAUACUGUCAUCUUCCAAUGUUGCACCUGAUCCUUUGUUGUCAUCUUUUAUAUUGCCUAUGGCUGAUGAUAUUGUGAUUUCUCAGUCACAAUCAUCAGCUGAUACAAGCGCAGCGAACAAAGUCAGAGAGGAGAUUGUACUAGAAAGGCAUGUAAAACCAUCACCCUUGUCGAUCAAAGAUCAAGAGGAGCGGGCUAGGAGGUCUGAAUUUGUCCAUGGGUUGCUGUUUUCUACCAUUUUCAAUGACACGUUGUGAAGAUGUUGCGGGUUGUGGAUAGAGGGUGACUGGAGAACCAAUUUCUAGUGAAUAUGCAAGCAAAUGUAUCCACGUGUGUGGAAUAAUUUGUUGGAAUAAAUGUAAUUUAUGAUGAGUGUGAAAUCUAGCUCUAGGCUCAAACGAUGUAAUCUUUGUUAAAUACUCACUAUCUUCGUUGAUUAGUACGAGGAAUGAAGAUAAAGAAA